GGCAUGGUAAGGCCCUGACCCUCCCAGGCCUGUGGGCAGCUUGGCCUCUCCAGCCCUGGGCCCAGGGCCUGAGCCCCAGCACCCCCUUCCCCCCACAGAUGCUGAAGCUGCCAUUCCUGACCCUCUUUUUGCUGGGGGACACCAUCGCUGGGGCCCCAGCACCCCUCCCAGACAAUGAGCUGGUGGGCAUCAUGGGCGGCGACAGCGCCCCCCAGGGGAAGUGGCCGUGGCAGGUCAGCCUGAGGCAAUACAACUAUCGCUGGGCCUCGUGGACGCACAUCUGUGGGGGCUCCCUCAUCCACCCUCAGUGGGUGCUGACCGCCGCCCACUGCAUCUUCCGGAAGGACGCUGACCCGUCGACCUACCGGGUCCACGCGGGGGACGUGUACCUCUACGGGGACCAGGCGCUGCUGAACGUGAGCCGCAUCAUCGUCCACCCUGACUACGUGUGCGCUAGACUGGGUGCGGACGUGGCCCUGCUCCAGCUGGCAGAGUCGGUGGACAGAACCGCGAACGUGAAGCCCAUCAGGCUGUCGUCAGCUUCUCCUGAGGUCACCGAGGGCCAGUGCUGGGCGACAGGCUGGGGCAGCGUCAGUAUGUACGAGUCUCUGCCCCCGCCGUACCGCCUGCAGCAGGUGAGCAUGAAGCUGGUGGACAAUGCCCUCUGCAACCAGCUGUACUUCAACUCCCUCUGGCACCUCUAUGACAGGAAGAUCAUUCAGGACGACAUGCUGUGCGCGGGCGGCGCGGGCCGGGUCUCCUGCUGGGGUGACUCCGGCGGCCCCCUGGUCUGCAGGGUGAAAGGGGCCUGGCAGUUGGUGGGAGUGGUGAGCUGGGGCUACGGCUGUGCCCAGCCUGGCUUCCCUGGGGUCUACGCUCGCAUCCCGACCUACGCACCCUGGAUCAGGCAGCAAAUCCAGACGGGUCUGUGACCCCCUGCGGGCUCAGGGGUCAGCCAGGAGCACGCCCUUCUCCUCCCCACACCUGCUGCCCCCAGCUGGAGCUCCACCUCCUCCUCUGGCCUGCACAGCCUGAACACCCCGGGCCCUGGGGGCCGAGGCAGGAAGAUGCAGGGGAAGGGUGGGGGUGAGGGCCUGGGGCUCCGGGAGCCCCUUGCUGGGCCGUGUCUAUCUGAGUAAAGAGCUUGUGUGCCAUUAACAAGA